AUGGCCAACCUUUUUCGUCGUCUUCGCAAGGCCAGCAAGUCCCGACGGUCCGUCUCCAAUGACUGCACCAGCCUUGACCAAGUGAGCCGCGAAAAAGCCGAGAUAGAACAAGAAUUGUCUCGAGCCAUCAAUGCCGUGUGCAAUCUUCAGACGCGGCUUGCAGAGCACGAUUUUAUGCUCGCACACACCACCUCAAGUAACCCAACUCUCGUUAUUCCCCCUUGUCAAUUUGAUUCCCAAUCUCCAUCUAACAUUUCUAGAACAAUUUCGCCAACAAAAAUAAUGCCACCCUUGAUCGAUGAUAUCUGGCUCUGUUCAUACAGUGACUCAUUACUAGUAGACGCAGAAGAGCGGUGGGAACGUGGUGAUCCAGAGCUUGCAAUAGAGCUUGCCUCGCGGGUCAUUAGUCAUAACCCCUUUCUGUGCGAACUUGAUGAGAUGCGAUGUCGACUUUUUAUUGCUGCCGUUCAGCACUCUCUUUGCCAGUAUGAAGAUUCUAUGAUGAGCCUAGAAGCGGUUGUGGAGAUUAACAUGUGCUAUGCCGUCUUGAAUCACCCAGAAUCCAGCAUUAUCGUGGGAAUUACUCAUUUUAUCAAAGGUAUGAACCUCAUGAAAUUUGAAAGGUUCCCAGAGGCUUACUGGUUGCUUUCGCGGGCGCUGGACAUACCAGGCUACGGCGCAACGGCCCGUGAGUUUCAAAGGGAAGCCAUCAUUGGAUUUACUCGCAUAGAGGCUGCGGAGUUUGAUCACUCGGCGGCAGCAUCUACCCAUGCAUUAUUAGACUGGGACGAUAGUGACUCAUCUUAA